AUGCUGGCCAGGAAGAAGCCUUUCACCAGUGCCAUCAUCGGGGCGCUGGUGGCACUGUCCCUCAUCGCCCUGGUUCUCAGCCUGGUGGGGGUUGAAGAUGUGACACUGCCACCCACGGUCAAGUAUGGGAUGGUGUUUGAUGCGGGCUCAUCCCACACCUCCCUGUUUGUGUACGAGUGGGAUUCAGACAAGGAGAACGACACCGGAGUGGUCAGCCAGACCUUGGCCUGUCAUGUCCAGGGGCAAGGCAUAUCAAGCUAUGCCAACAAUCCUCCUGAAGCUGGCAAUUCCCUGAGGGAGUGCUUGGCUAAAGCCUUGGAGGUUAUUCCUGCUGAGAAGCAGAGGGAUGUCCCAGCUUAUCUUGGAGCAACAGCUGGCAUGAGGUUACUGAGGGAACAGAACAGCUCAGCAACAGAGGAAAUCCUGGCUGAGGUCGCUGAAACCAUGCAGGAGUACCCUGUGGCAUUCAAAGGGGCUCGGAUCCUUACAGGAGAGGAAGAGGGUGCCUAUGGCUGGAUCACCAUCAACUACCUGCUGGACUCCUUCACCAAGUACUCUCCCAAAGCACACACGUGGCUUCAUCCAGAGGCAGCCAACAUUUUUGGGGCACUGGAUCUUGGAGGAGCAUCCACUCAAAUCACCUUUAUGCCCGAAGGUUCAGUACUGAGGCAGAAUGAAGCCUCUGAGUUCAUCCUGUACGGGUACAGACACAACAUCUACACUCACAGCUACCUCUGCUACGGGCAGGAUGAGAUGCUGCAGCGGCUGGCCAAGGAAUUAAUUGAGUCGUCCCCCAGCAGCCGAGUCCGUCACCCCUGCUACCCAGAGGGCUACGAGGAGACCGUGCGGCUGUCCUCCUUCCGCGCCAGCCCCUGCACGGCCGGCAGCGACCCGCGCCUGCCCCUGGGCGACGGCGCCGCCACCCUGGAGGGCAGGGGCGAUGCCAGCGGCUGCCGGGCAGCCCUCAGGAAGCUCUUCAACUUCUCGGCGUGCGGCCAGAGCCAGGACUGCGCCUUUGACGGCGUCUACCAGCCCCCGCUCCGGGGGAAAUUCAUUGCCUUCUCUGCCUUCUACUACAACUUCAAGUUCCUGAACCUGACGGAGGGGCAGCCGCUGGCCGUGGUCAGACAGGCCAUCGAGGGGCUCUGCACAAGGAGCUGGGAGGAUCUCUCUUCCAGCUACCCCAAAGAGAAUCCCAAGAGACUGCCGAAAUACUGUGCCAAUGCCAACUACAUCCUCACACUCCUCCUCGACGCCUACAAGUUCAACGAGACCAGCUGGAACAAUAUCUUCUUCCAGAUGAAGGCCGGGGGUGCUGAGCUGGGCUGGACGCUGGGGUACAUGCUGAACCUCACCAACGUGGUCCCGGCCGAGGCGCCGGCCAGGCUGAAGGGCCACAGGGCUCCCCUGUGGGCUGCAGCCAUCACCUUCAUCAUCCUCACUCUCAUCCUGGGGCUCGCUGCCCUGCUCCUGCAGCUGUGGGUGUAG